AAAAUGAACGUCUUCUGUGUAUUGAUAUUUUUUUUCUUCAUGGAUAUUGUGGCAUCUAAUUGGAAUAUGUAUUUGGAUUUUGUUUACGUUACAACUAGCUUCAUGAAGGUUGCUUCUGAAAAAAAUGAUUUAACUUUAGUAGAUGGAACUGAAACAAAUGCAUUGGAGUAUCUAAUUGAGGCAAUGGUUGAUGAUAUCAAUGAUGAUCUUAACUACCAAGAUUUCCGCAAAAUUAAUUUUUUGAUCACUGUGCCGGACAAAAGGGAUCUUAUCCAUGAAAUAGGGGAAGCCAAUCAUUUCCUCGAAAUAAUGCUACGCGACAUGGAAACUAUAACACGCUUAAGGAUGUCAAGAUAUUCAAGACGUACCGGUGAACUGAGGGCCAUUGUAGAUAGGAGAAGAAAACUCGUUUUUGAAGCUUUAAAAAGUAUAAUUCGACGUCGUUUACUAGGAUUUGUGCAAGAAGUAGAGAAUAAUGACUCUUUAUUACCGAAGUGUCGUUUGCUAGGAUUAUACUUGAGCUCACAAGAUUCACAAUCAUACAUAAAAGAAAUUCAAACUAACACAACUACCCGUACUUGUAUCUUAACGGAUAAAAAUGAAGCCAUAAAGAUGUACAGGACCGAUGAUGCGGGAUCACUUGAGAGACUGUUACGACUUGAACGUCAAGAACCAUCCACUCUUCGACCUAGUUUUGAGAUGGGUUGGGGUGAUUUACGUUAGUUAAACACUGGCAUCUGUAUUCUGUUCAUUAAAUAAUAUAUUGUAAUUUAUCUUAUUAUUGUCUUUAUAUACGUUAUAAAAUCAGAAAUUGUAAAACAUUUUCAUAAAAUAAGCUGACGGAAAAA